AUGCCUGAACCAGCUAAGGCCGCGCCCAAGAAGGGCUCCAAGAAAACCGUCCCCAAGACCGCCGGCAAAGGAGGCAAGAAGCGCAGAAAGUCCAGGAAGGAGAGCUACGCUAUCUACGUGUACAAGGUCCUGAAACAGGUCCACCCUGAUACCGGGAUCUCCUCCAAGGCUAUGGGCAUCAUGAACUCCUUCGUCAACGACAUUUUCGAGCGUAUUGCUGGUGAGUCCUCUCGUCUGGCUCACUACAACAAGCGCUCCACCAUUACCUCCAGGGAGAUCCAGACCGCCGUGCGCCUGCUGCUUCCCGGUGAGCUGGCCAAGCACGCCGUGUCCGAGGGUACCAAGGCCGUCACCAAGUACACCAGCUCCAAGUAAAGCGCCUUAGUCGCU